AUGAGUGGAGGAUCCAAUUCUCAUGGCCCCAUCCACCUGAGCUCAUACGAAGAUGGCAACGACGGAGUCGGCGCCUCGUCUGGAACCAUCCCGAGGGGCAGCCAGAAUACUAAGGACGUAGGCCCAGCCUCUCCAUUGGCAUACGCAACUGAUCAGCAAGGCGAAAUCCCAAAGCACGAAAAAGGCUUUCGUACUCCAGCCCACCGGAAUUAUGACAAGUAUGGCAACGAAGCAGGCGGCCCCUCAACUCAGCUCGAGCCAGUCGUGCAAGAGCCAUCGCCCGUCUCUUCUCCAACACCCGAUGAGCCUUCGCAGCAGCAAGAAAACAUUAAUAUCACAAGGGAAAAUGUUCGUUCACACGGUCCAGCAUACCAGAGCUACAAUGAAUACGGAAAUGAGAAAGGCGGCCCCUCGAAUCAUAAGCGUCACACGACACCGCGAGAUCCUGAAAGAAAACCUCACAAGCCUAGAAAACCAGAUGAGAGUAAGACGAGAAUAUCGAAGGCUUACGGCCCGGCAUAUCAAAGCUACAAUGAAUAUGGCAACGACGGGGGCAGUGCCCGGCCUCGACUCAUGCCAGAGCCCAACGCCAGAGAGCAGAGUUUCGGGACUCCUCUAGUAUCCCUCGUGCCUGACCAGCAACCUGGUAGAAAGAAACGAGGAACAGCUUCAGGACGACCCCCUUACGGGAGCUCCCGAGACCAUGUCCGAGACCACAACGAGCGGGGCAUGUCCCGACAUCCUAAGCCAGCCCAAGCUCCGGCUGACGAUGGGCCAUCAUUUGCAGACGGAAAUAGCUGGGUCUAUUUCAAAUUGGCCCUCCAUAUGAUAGGAAUGAUGGUUUCUCUUGCUUCUUUAAUCUUGAGUUUUACCUUCAUUCCCCAUAAGCUCUACCAUGGAGACUUGAUAGCAAUUUCAUGCCCUGUUCCUGGAGUCGCUCUUAUAUUGGGGAUUGGUGAGCUGGCCGUUCGAAUCGUCUACGAAUACAGGGAAAAGCCCCGCCGCGGCACGGCUUCCAAAGGGAUCCAUCCAGCUGGCCAUGUCGCCGUCUGCCUAGUUCUCUGGCUAGCCAGUAUCGUCGUUCUGUAUUUCCUGACAACAUACAUCAAGGCCACCGAUAAUUACUGCUAUGCACCGUUCGAUAAAACAAUAUUUACGAAUUAUUGGUGGGGUGUGUGUCAGGGAGAAUGGGACGGUCAACGGUCAUCUGCAGUGGCUCUUGCUGCGUUGACGGCUACGAUCUGGCUUAUCUACUUUUUUCUGUUUAUCUUCGCUUGCAUUGACACCUCGAAAAGAAGUGAGAAAAGGGCGGGGAAAACAACAGAAAAGAGACCGACGCCGUGA